AUGGGUUGCCAUUUAUACUUAUUAUCAAUUGAUGAAGGAAUCAAAGGAUAUAGAGAUGAUUCACUCGAAACUGUUAAAUAGAAUUAAAUUACAUAUGACUUGGAUUUAAAGAUCCUAUCAUAUAAAGAACUCUUUAAUUGGUCUAUGGAUGAGGUUGUUGCAUAAAUAGGUCUCAAUAAUAAUUGCACAUAUUGUGGGGUUUUUAGGAGACAAGCAUUAGACAGAGGUGCAAUACAAUUAGGAGUUGAUAAAAUUAUCACUGGUCAUAAUGCAGAUGACAUGGCAGAGACAUUUCUAAUGAAUCUAUUAAGAGGUGAUAUAUUUCGAUUGCCAAAAUCUACAGCCAUUAUCACAGGAGAUGAUGGAGACAAUGGAAUUGCCACAUUGCCUAGAUGCAAACCUUUCAAAUACACCUACGAGAAAGAGAUCGUAAUGUAUGCUCAUUAUAAAAAACUCAUUUAUUUCAGUACUGAAUGCACCUACUCUCCCAAUGCUUUUAGAGGACAUGUUAGGGAAUUAAUUAAGAAUUUAGAAGCUAUUAGACCUAGUGCAGUAAUUGAUUUAAUCCACUCUUGUGAAUAAUUAGAUGCUCCUAACUAAAAUUAGAAAAUACCACAAAAGCAACUAUGCUAAAAAUGCAAUUUAUUAUCCUCAAAUAAAAUUUGUAAGGCAUGUACUUUACUUGAAUCAUUAAAUCAAGGAAGAGCCAAGCAAAUCUUAUAAAUUUAAGAAUGA